AGUUGGUGUUUGGUUCAGAUUUCGUUGGUCUGUGCGUUCUGUCAUGCUGUUCCACAGUGGAGUAAGUCGCUUCAGGAUGUUCAAGCUCUGAUGAUGCAGCAAACUGACCAGCAGUUUCAGCUCCAGAAGCCAGUUCAACAGCUAACUAACCAACAGUUUCCGCUUCGGAAGCCAGUUCAACAGCUAACUAAGCCGCAGUUUCCGCUUCAGAAGCCUGUUCAACAGCUAACUAACCAGCAGUUUCCACUUCAGAAACCAGUUCAACAGCUACCUACACCGCAGUUUCCACUUCAGAAGCCAGUUCAACAGCUACCUACCCCGCAAUUUCCACUUCAGAAGCCUGUUCAACAGUUAACUAAGCCGCAGUUUCCGCUUCAGAAGCCUGUUCAACAGCUAACUAACCAGCAGUUUCCGCUUCAGAAGCCAGUUCAACAGCUACCUACCCCGCAAUUUCCACUUCAGAAGCCAGUUCAACAGAUAACUAAGCCGCAGUUUCCGAUUCAGAAGCCAGUUAAACAGCAGUUUCAGAAGCCAGUAGUGCAGGCAGAGCCCCUUGAUAAAUGUGCUGUAGCUGAUUCUGAGCAGAUCCAAUGUGGUCUACCUGGGAUCAGUGGUGCUGAGUGUGAAGCUAUCAACUGCUGCUUUAACGGACAGCAGUGUUUCUAUGGAAGGGCGGUGUAUUAG